GUGUAUGUUGCUGUGGGCCUCGCGGUGUUCGCCUGCACCUGUCUGCUCAUCAUAGUUCUGGUCAUUAACAAGUACGGCCAGCAGUCCAAGUUUGGCAUCCACCGCUCAUCAGUUCUUGGUACCGAGGAUGACCUGGCCGUCUCACUCCGCUUCCUGAACUUCGGAACCAGCCCACCUUCCUCGGAUGAAGACUCUGGUUUGUCAAGUUUUGUGGAGAACCCGCAGUACUUCUGCGGCAUCAUCAAGGACAAAGACAUGUGUGUGCAGCACAUUAAGCGGCAGGACAUUGUGCUGAAGUGGGAGCUAGGUGAAGGAGCGUUUGGCAAAGUCUACCUGGCAGAGUGCGCCAACCUCAGCCCCGACAGCGACAAGAUGCUGGUUGCCAUUAAGACUCUGAAGGAUGCAAACGAGUCGACCCGGCAGGACUUCCAGCGGGAGGCAGAGCUGCUGACGGUCCUCCAGCAUCAACACAUUGUGCGAUUCUACGGCGUGUGCACAGACGGAGAGCCGCUGGCCAUGGUGUUUGAGUACAUGAGGCAUGGAGACCUCAACCGCUUCCUCCGAGCCCAUGGGCCUGACGCUCGUAUACUGGAGGAGUCCAAGAUGCCCCCCUUGGGGCAGCUGACUCUGCCCCAGAUGCUGCACAUCGCGUCCCAGAUCGCUUCGGGCAUGGUGUACCUGGCGUCGCUGCACUUCGUCCAUCGUGACCUGGCAACACGCAACUGUCUGGUGGGAGAAGCUCUGGUGGUGAAAAUCGGAGACUUUGGCAUGUCCCGAGACAUCUACAGCACAGAUUACUACCGGGUUGGCGGACGCACGAUGCUGCCGAUCCGCUGGAUGCCUCCGGAGAGCAUCAUGUACAGGAAGUUCACAACGGAAAGUGACAUCUGGAGCUACGGCGUCGUUCUUUGGGAAAUCUUCACCUAUGGCAAACAACCCUGGUAUCAGCUGUCCAACAGUGAGGCCAUCGAAUGCAUCACGCAGGGACGGGAGCUGGAGAGGCCACGCACCUGCCCCAAAGAGGUGUACCUGCUGAUGCAGGGCUGCUGGCAGCGGGAGCCCCAGCAGAGGAUGGUCAUCAAGGAAAUCCACAGCCGCCUGCUGGAGCUGGUCAAGAACCCGCCCGUUUACCUGGACAUCCUGGGCUGAAGGGGGCCAAAAGGCAGCCAGGGAGCAGAAAUCAAAGACUCAGAGGGUUGGGAUUUAUGUUGGUACCUGUAAACAGCGUAUGCCAUUUGUAGCUUUUCGCCCCAUUUCAUCUCGACUCGGUGUCCCGUUUUCUGCCCUGGGAUUGUCUGGAAACCUGUCAAAUGUUUACUGAAGUGUUUAAAGUUUAUCUGCUGUGGGAUCAGUGUGACGGGACGUGCAUGGAUAGGAAGACGGCUUUAUAUGCGCUGCAAAGCCAGUUUCUGAUGAGAUUUCCUAAGAUUUUGCAGCUCAGAGUAAUUUUACGUGGGGAGAAAAAUUCUGUUUUAUGGAUUUGGACACAGCUGGAGUGUAUUUCUAUAACACACUGAUCUAUGGGGGGAGGGGGGUCAUGUAAAUGUAAAUAAGAAAAUCCCAGUGAAAGAUUGUUUUUCACGAGUCAUAUUGUCUGUAUUAUACAAUUAUUUUUAAAAAAAAAGAAACAAAAAGAAUUUGUUGAAUAUUAGGCGGAGAAGCUGUUUCCAGACACGCCAAUCCCAACGUUGACGUCUGAUGUGGACAGAAAUACGUUUCCAAAGAGCAGCGGUUUGGACUCCAGAGUGGCUUUUUGUUCAAAUUAGCAACAUCUUAACGUGUGACUGUAAGGAAAGAAAAAAAAAA